AAAACAUUAUCAAGUAUCAAUACAAAACACGGAACGACGACGUAUAUACCUCCCAUGAAUAAUCAACCAAUCCCGAUGUUCAAGUUAUCCAUUCCUUCCUCUUUCUCUCACCCUGCCGUCAACGGCGAAUAUAUUACACGGAAGGACAGGAAAAAGAAAGGAAGCUUCCCAAAACGACGACGUAAUGAUCUCUAGAACGCCGAUGCUCCAGGGCGGUUCUCGGCUUUCCAAGCAUUGGCGGUCUCCAUCAACUCCACUCUUCAACUUCCCUCAUCGUCUCCUCAUCAUAUUUAAAUUCUCCUCUCUAUCUCAAGCUAAGGGUUUAAAUUCUUUGGAUGAAGAAUGUGAUGAAUUUUUGCCUUGGUUGGAGCAAAAGGCUGGGGCUAAGAUUUCUUCAGUGCUGUCGAUUGGGAAAUCCGCAUAUGGCAGGUCUCUUUUUGCUUCUGAGAUCAUUCGAACUGGCGACUGCAUAUUGAAAGUUCCUUAUAGUGUGCAAAUAGCCCCAGGCAAUCUUCUUCCAAAGAUUAAAGCUUUACUAAGUGAUAAAAAAAUUGGGACUGUUUCGAAGCUUGCUAUGAUCCUUUUAGUUGAGCAAAAAAGGGGCCAGGAUUCUGAAUGGGACCAUUAUAUCAGUUGCCUUCCUCAGCAUGGGUAUAUUCAUAGCACGAUUUUCUGGAGCGAAUACGAAUUGGAUCUGAUUUGUCAAAGUUCAGUAUAUCAGGAAACAGUUGAUCAAAAAGUUACAAUAGAAAAAGAUUUUGCUGCAGUUAUGCCCGCCCUUGAACAAUUCCCUGAGCUUUUUGAAAGCAUCACACUUAAAGAUUUCAUGCGUGCAUAUUUCCUAGUAACAUCCCGAGCCUGGGAAAGCACAAAGGGCCUAUCUCUGAUUCCAUUUACAGAUUUUAUGAAUCACGAUGGGGUUUCAAACUCAAUUGUAUUAUUUGACGAAGAUAAAAAGUUGUCAGAGGUUAUCGCUGAUCGUAACUAUUCUCCUGGUGAAGAGGUACUGAUAAGUUAUGGAAAAUUUCCAAAUGCCACACUGCUGCUGGACUUUGGUUUUACACUUCCAUACAACAUUCAUGACCAGGUAAAGAUCCACAUGAAUAUCCCAUAUCAUGAUAUUCUACGUGAAAUGAAAUUGGAACUUCUGCAACAACAUCCUUCACCAACAACUAAAGAUGCAAUUGGUUUUAGUUGUUCUGAAGAUACUUUCAUAAUCAAGGAAGUUAGGUCUCCUAAAGGAAAGGGGAAGGGUCUUCCACAGUCGCUACGUGCAUUUGCUCGUGUUUUAUGUUGUACCUCUCCCCAAGAACUUAGUGACUUGGCCAUGGAAGCUGCACAAACUGAUGGCCGGUUGGCUCGGCGUCCUCUGAAAGACAGCAGGAGAGAGUUCCAGGCACAUCAGAUGUUAUUGUCUCACAUCACUCACUUAAUGCAGCAACAUGAUGCAGCCAUUAAGUUGCUUGCUCCUGUUAAUUUCCCCUCAAUGUGCGAUACAUUUGCUCAUAGGAGACAAAUGGCUCAUGAUCUCCUUACCGGUGAGCUUCGCGUCCUGAAAUCCGCAUCCACAUGGUUGAAGAAUUACUGUGCGGUUCUGCAAUCAACAAUCCACUGUCAAAAUCUGUGAUGAUUUGAAAAGAUCGAAAGGCAAGAAUUUUACUCAACAACUUGUAGUGAACUUCUUGGAUCAGUUGUCUCCCUGCUUAAAGGUCAUCAACAUUUUUUGGGGUAUAGUCAACUGUAAACAUUUGGGGAUCAUUCUUUUGCCCACAAAACGAGGAUAAUCAAAUACAAAAUUGGCUGUCUGGGGCUUUCUUAGCCUAUCCUUGCAGUCAUGAGCCACCUUUUGAAAUCCAGCAUGUUCAGGGUACUUCUACUAACAGCUCAUUCUUUGCUACCAUUCUCUUCAGCCUUUGAGCACCAACCUUUUUUUUUUUAAUGAAAUGUGCUAUGCAAAUUUUUUAUACCCUAAAAUUGUGUAAUAAUAAACUUAUUACUUUUAGGUAAAUUACCCAUUUAGGUACAUAAUCUUCGAGAGCUUUUGUUUGGAUCGUUCAAUUUUAAAAACUCACAUUUUGAUUACCAUUUUUUUUUUUAAUAAAAAGUUAGUUUUUAUCA